AUAACAGUUUCGUAAGAAAGAAAGAAAAAAAGGUUCACAUUAGAGUUGCUCGUUGGUCACUUUCAUCUCUCUUAUCCCUUUGCUUUCCCAUUGAUUCAGCUCUCAUCGUUUUCUUUCUCCAGAUCUGAGCCAAACACCAUCCCUCUCUGCUUCCUCUCUGCAAGAUAACUACUAAAAUAUCAAAAAAAAAAUAGAUUUGAUAAUAAAAAAAAGGAGUGGAUGAUAAAAAGACCAAACUAGAGUGUAUAAAGAGCAGCAUGUGUUGGUUCGCUACUUGUGUUGACGUAUACCGCAAAGUUGUACGCUUGAAUCUUUAUUGCCGUGUCAUUCUAUAAAAAGAUCUCUUCUUCUUUCUUCUUUUAACCAAACCCUUCUCCCCAGUAGUCCCAAAACCUUCUUCUUUUCUUUGACCAUCUUCUCUUUAAAAAAAACAAAAAAAUGGGAUCCCGACAUUUCUACGUGUACCAUUGUGAACAAAGAAUCAGCUAAGCUCCUUGCUUCCUUUCCCUCCACACACAAAAAAAAGAGAGUUUUGGUCUCUUUCUCUGCUUUUUUUAAUUUCAAGGUUUUCUAAAAGUUAUGGUGUGUCAGUCACCUGGUAAAACAAGAUUUCGAGCAUUGAAAUACGAGACAGGAGACGCUAACAGACCAGCUAUUGUAGUUAGAGUUAUUGCAUGCUUUCAACCCAUGGAUAAUUGCCAGGCUGAAUACUUCAGACUUCUACUCAAACCAGUCACGUAGUUGGUUUUGUCAUUUUCCCCGCUGUGUUUUUGUCUUUCUUCUUUCGUGUUCGCUUGCCUCUUCUUUCUUUCUUUCACUUCUUAUUUCAAAAGGGUAACCACAAAGUAUUGCACUCACCUGAUUGGAGCUACUUAACAAUCGUGUUUGUUCUCUUUAAAAGUUACCUAACUGCAAGAGCAAUGCCUCUUGAUACCAGGCCUCUAGCUUGCUUUGAAAAUAUAGCAGCUCCUUCUCUCCCUCUCCCUGAGCUGGGGAAACUAUUUGCAGCUGAGCGUCAUGCUCCCCGUUUGCAGCCACCGCCACUCCAGUCUCUUCUGUGGAGUAAUGAUGAUAAACGGUUCUCCCUGUCUGACAUGAGAUCUUGGUGCGCUGCCGCUGCUGCUGCUGCUACUCCACAUGGAGCAUUGGAGUCUCCUCAUAAAGGACUUAUGAUAUUCGAUCAGUCAGGAAACCAGACUCGUCUACUACGAUGCCCAUUUCCCUUAGGGUUUCCAUCUCCUCCGGCUGCAGAACCAGUGAAACUCUCUGAGUUAUUACAGCGCGGUCUCAGGGAAGAUCAUGUUGCUUUUGAGGAGUUUGAUGAGAAGUGUGUAAAUGGAAAAGAGUCGGAAAUGCAUGAAGACACUGAGGAGAUCAAUGCAUUGCUCUAUUCAGAUGAUGAUUAUGAUGAUUGCGAGAGUGAUGAUGAAGUAAUGAGCACUGGUCACUCUCCUUAUCAAGUUUGCAACAAAAGGGCGUCGGAAGAAAUAGAUAAUAGUCCUUGUAAAAGGCAGAAGCUACUGGAUAAGGUAGGAAACAUCAGUGGCUCAUCAUCAUCAUCACUUGUGGGCAGCAAGGAUGAAAAGCUCCCUGAAUCAAACAUCUCGACCAAAGAAGAGACUGGUUCGGGUCUGAGCAACGAGCAGUCGAGAAAAGACAAGAUCCGCACAGCUCUCAAGAUACUCGAGAGCAUAGUUCCAGGUGCAAAAGGAAACGAAGCUCUCUUACUUCUAGACGAAGCCAUUGAUUACCUAAAGUUGCUGAAACGGGACUUAAUCUCAACAGAGAUUAAGAACCAUUGCUAAACAAAAAAGAACCUCCACCACUCACCAAGUCACAAAGUCACCACAACAUGGGGAACAAGAAAUCUACAGACAGAUCAGGCUUGAAGAUUCUCACGUGUGGAGUGGGUUUAAGAGUAGUACCGUAUCCUCUGCACCAGCUUUUUUAGCUGUAAAUAGUGGACUACUUUAGGUCUAUGUGCUUCUGCCAUUUUCAAAAAAGUUGAAGAAAGAAAGCUCAAAGUCAUCAUGGUCAUUGAUCGACAAUGAUUAUCUUUUGUGGCUUAGUGUGGAUGGUGAAAUCUAAAGGGCGAAAUAUUCAAAGUCUCGUCGUCUCAAACUCGCGUGGUCUAUAAAUCUUCCCUAAGGUAAUGAUAACAAAAAAAUAUCUCUGACCCACACUCUCUUUUGUCUAUUAUGAUGACUUAAAGUGGGUCCGUUGGUUUUAUUUGAGUUGAUGUCAUGUUCUAUGUAAUAAAUUUGAGUGUCUGUAAUAAUGCAAACCCCUUCCUUUGUCUUUUGCUACUCGGUUUUUGUUUUUGUGCCUCUGUUCAUUGUUCAUGUUCUCUCAGUGUCUAUUAAUUGUAUCAAAUAUGAUUGUAUUUUGUCG